AUGGUUUCAAAAAAAUUUAGGAAAUUGAAAUGGACAGAGGAAUCUCGAAAAGCUUAUGAGGAUCUACGAAAAGCAAUGGCAAGUCCACAAUUCCUACACCAUCCUAUUCACUCGGAACCAUUUCAUCUCACUACAGAUGCGUCAAAUAAUGGGGUUGAAGCUAUUCUUACACAAAUUAUUAAUAAUAUUGAAUAUCCUAUAGGAUAUUUUUCAAAAAGACUAAAUACUGUGGAAUCUAGAAAAUCAGCAACUUUACGGGAAUUACAAGAAAUAACAAAAGCAUUUACUCAUUUUAAAAACCUGUUUGGUGGAUCCAAAAUAUUUAUUUAUACUGACCAUUUACCAUUGAAAGGAAUUUUUGCCAAAACUACUGAUGAGAAAUUUCUUAAUUUGAUUUCUAAAUUAGAUGGGUAUAAUUAUGAAUUCAUAUAUAAAAAAGGAUCUGAGAACCAAUUUGCAGAUGACUUAAGUAGGAAUGUUUUUGAUGAAGAAAAUUCAGAUGUUUUUCACAAUAAUGAUAAAGAAUUAAAUAUAAUAAAAAUCUCCCAGAAGAAAAGAGGAAGACCCUCUAAGAAAAUCCAGGAAUUGGAGAAACAAGAGGAAAAUACUAUGAAUGCUCCAGAACUUGUUCAUAUUCCUGAAGCCAAGAUUAAAAAUCUUGAUGAAACUAAAACUAUGGCUACACUUAAACGCAGAGGCAGACCAAGAAAGAACCCUUUACCGAAUAUGCCUGUGGAUGAAGAAUCCAAGAAAAUUGAAAGAUUACCUACCCUAGAUUUUUUAACUUGGGAAGAGAUCUAUCUUAAGGAAGGAGGGGAUGGAACAUCUAUCGACGUUCCAAUCACAGUUCCAGAGGGUAAAGAAAAUGAAAUUUUUAAAAUCGUACAUGACAAACAUGGUCACUUCAGCUAUGAAAAAACUAAAAAACUCAUUGAAUCACGUUGCAAAAUUAACAACCUAUCUUCAAAAUUAAAGUUGUUUCUCAGAGGAUGCGACGAAUGUCAACGCCGGAAUAUAAAUAUGAAAAAACAUCCAAUUGGACAAACAAUAAGUUACAAUUGUCCAGGACAAAGCCUAAACUUGGAUCUGAUGGGACCAAUUUCACCCCCAUUUUCUAAUGGAGCCAAAUAUAUUGUGACAAUAAUAGAUGCGUACUCUAGAUAUUCAACCAUUUUUGCAGUAAAGGAUUAUAAGUUUGGCACAAUCGCUGAAAAAUUAACAAGAAAAGUUUUUAAUGUAAGGGGGUUUCCUAAAUCAAUAAAAACGGAUGGGUCUGGUAACUUCAAAAAUUCUGAGUUCCAACAAUGGCUGAAGUCUCUCAAUAUUAAACAUGAAAUUUGCUCUCCUAACCACAGUCGUGGUAAUAGUAUAGUAGAGAGAAGUUUCAAAUGGACAGCUGAUGUAAUUGCAAAAAUAACCAGAGAACGACCAACAGAAUGGCAUAAAUAUCUCUCUUUUGCCAGUUAUUAUUACAAAACCACUGUCAACUCAACAACAAAUUAUUCUCCGUUCUUCCUGGAGCACCUGAGAGAGCCAAACUUGCUUAUUGACCAAUAUCUCAAUACUUACUCCUGUGGAAUUUUUGAUAGAAAUCGAACAGCUUUUGACCUAAUGGAAAUAGCGUCAACUAUAAGAAACACUGUCAGUGAGUAUAUGAAAGAAUAUAGAGAUCAAGAAAACUCAAAGAUAAAAACAUAUGAUCAAGAAUAUUUUCAUGAAGGAGAGAAAAUUCUAAUUCGAAAACAUGACAAUCUUCAUGAAGCUGGAUCAAAAUUUAAACAUGUGUUUCAAGGCCCAUAUACAAUUUUGAAAGACAAUGAAUCAACAGUUAGUUACAAAAAUGGAAGAAAAGUAGCAAUUGCACACAAGACCAAUGUUAAGAAAUACUUCAAUAAUCAAGAAGGUUCCAAUGAUGAAUCUUUGAAUUCGGGAAAGGAGAAGUAG